AAAAAAGUCUCAUAAACUUGGAAGAAAAAAGCUUUGACUUUUCGUGAAUUUCAUAGUCACCACUGCAACGCCAAUAUCGAAACGUCAUUUGUGCAAUCUACCAUGGAAGGCUCUGAAUCUCCGGCACCUGGACCUGGCGAUCGCUUACUGCAGUCGUCCGAGUCUCACCAUCCGGGGGAGUCGUCGGGCAAAGGCCGAGCCUGGCACGCCGUCUUCAAUCCGGAUCGGCCGCAAAAUCAAGUGCAGCACGUCCGAUCAGCCUCGUCAAAAGGUAGACGGGAGGAACAACGAUCGAGAUCCUCAUCACCGGAGACGGGCGCCGCAUCGGCGACCAAAGGUCGUCCACUGUUUGCCAAACCGAUAUCGCGAGCACUCGAAAUGAGCGUCACGACUAAAGUAGUCGGCUGCCUGAGGAGCAACGUUCUGACCAUCCUCAACAUCCUCGGCGUCUUUUCAGGCGUCGUCGUCGCCCUCAUACUCAGGGCCUCGCGCGAGGAGAAAUGGACACAACGAGAAAUUGUUUAUGUCGGUUUUGUAGGUGAUUUGUUUUUACGAAUGCUUAAGUGUCUGAUUCUGCCACUGAUCGUCUCGUCAAUGAUUUCGGCCGUCGGCUCGCUGGAUCUCUCCGUAUCGGGACGGAUUGGUACGCGUGCCAUCGUCUACUACAUGACCACCACCGUCAGCGCCGUCAUUUUGGGCAUCAUCCUCGUCCUGACUAUCCAUCCGGGCGAAGGAUCCGAUAAAGGCAUCGUACGCGGCGGAUCCGUCCGUCACGUCACCACCGCCGACAUGCUCAUGGAUCUCAUCAGAAACCUGUUCCCACCGAACUUGGUCCAGGCUUGCACCGCUCAGUACAAGACGGUGCUGACUCCGCCGGCCGACUAUCUGGCGUCGCUGGCCAACAUGACCGAUGUGAACGGAACCGAGGCCGGUAACAUGACCGCCGGAAAGCCAAAGAAUCUCUACGAAUGGAAAAUGACAGCCGACUACGAAGACGCCACCAACAUCCUCGGCCUCGUCGUUUUCUCCACCGUGCUGGGCAUCACGCUAGGCCGAAUGGGCCCCAAGGGCAAGCCGCUCCUCAACUUUUUCGUCUCGCUGAGUGAAGCUGUCAUGAUGAUCACCGGAUGGGUCAUUUGGUUGUCGCCGGUCGGUGUCCUCUUCUUGGUGGCUUCCAAGAUGUUGGAAAUGGAGAGCUGGGAAGUGAUGCUCGGACAACUGGGCAUGUACUUCUUGACAGUGAUGAUCGGUCUCUUUAUCCACGGCUUCGUCGUUCUCCAGCUCAUUUACUUUGUCGUGACGCGGAAAUUGCCCUUCCGCUACGUCGGUAACCUCUCCGAAGCUCUUGCCACAGCUUUCGCCACUUCAUCUAGCUCUGCAACUCUGCCCGUAGCGCUGACUUGUCUGGAAGAGAAAAACCACGUCGACCCUCGUGUGACCCGUUUCGUCAUGCCAAUCGGCGCGACCAUCAACAUGGACGGUACGGCCUUGUACGAAGCCGUGGCCGCCAUUUUCAUUUCGCAGGUGCGCGGUAUCCAGCUGACUAUGGGCAGCGUUGUGGCCGUCAGCAUCACCGCCACAGCCGCCAGUAUCGGUGCUGCUGGUAUCCCUCAGGCCGGUAUCGUCACCAUGGUGAUGGUCCUCGAUACUCUUGGCCUACCAGCUGAAGACGUCUCCCUCAUCAUGGCUGUCGAUUGGUUCUUGGAUCGCUUCCGGACGUUCACCAAUGUGCUAGGAGAUUCUUUAGGCGCAGGCAUUGUGCAUCAUUUGAGUCGUCAAGAGCUGGAAGAGAUGCCCGCUCAGCCAACUGGUGCCAAAGAGGCUGAUAUCGAACUGGACGGCCCCGCAGAUCUAGAAAAGGGAGAAUCGAGCAAUGGAGGACCGAGCUCCAGACCCAACGUGACAUCAGCCGCCGUGGAAGUCGAAUGGCAGUCGACUUCCAUGUGAGUUUCGGCCACGGCUUCGGAGACUUUGAUCUAAACACCCGCACGCUGGCGAACACGGCCGUUAACAGAGACGACAAAAAGCUAUUGGUGAUGUGGCCCAUCAAUAGCUAAAUAUUUUUAGUGGCAUCCCGACAAGAAAAAAAAAAAAAAUAACGACACUUUUUUUUUUUUUUUUUUUUGGCUUUUUUGUUCGGAUUUUCCGUGAUUCGAUUUUCAUUUUAUUUUUUUAUUUUUUAAUUCUUUCUUUCUGUUUUUAAGACAUUUCUAUAGAAAAUUCAUAAAAAUGAAAAACACUCUGGUGGUUUUCAUUCUGUUUUCCUAAAUGAAUGCUUUUGGGUUUCGAACUUUUUGAUACGUAGAGUUUAAGAUCGAUGUUGUACCGGUAUCUAUUAAUAAUAACAAAGAGACAUGUGCGUUUUAUGCGACGGUACGCAUUUGAAAUACCCUUCUUCUCUUACAUGUGAGCCCAACAAACGUACUGUCCCCUCCUAAACAUUGCCCAUUUGUUGCCUACGUUUCCAAACGACUCCUAAAACUGCGAACAUUUUUUUUUUCUUCUUACAUUUAUCUUAUUUGUUUUUAUCCGAUAUAUUUUAUUCAAUCAUUACGUUGAAUAACAUCGUAGACAGGUGUUCAUUAUUGAUUAAAAAUUUUAAGAAACUAAAAGUAACUGCAAUUUUUUUUUCCCCAAUUGUUGAUCAAAGCAGAAAGUGAAAAGACUCGAACAAGAAUCGAAACACAAGCAAAAAAAGAGACAACCUUAAAUUUGAUUGGAAUUUCUUUUGUUUUCGAACGCAUAUUGUGCGUACGAAAAAUUUGUUGGACGUCUGCUUUCCUAUACAUACCGUGUGUACACAUCCUACCGGGAAUAGGUUUAGGUAAAGGGAAUAACAUUUAUGAUUAAACUUUUUUUUUUCAUUUUUAAUUAUCGACAACUAACAAUUGAAAUUAUUUCGAAAGAAAAUUCUUACCAUUGUUUUAUACAUGUGCACAUAAUAACAAAUGAAUGUACAAGUAUAAAAACUAAAAAAAUCUCGGUGUCCGCUUCGUGUCCAAAGAAAAAAAAAAACCGAAAAAAAACUUUAUCCUUAUUAGCUAUUCCGUUUAAAAAAAAAAAACAACAAAUAUGAGUACUGGUGGCUUUUUUGUUUCCAAUGGGUUUCCCAGUCGUUUUGAUAUACAUAACAUAUACAAACCCGCUACAUGAAUGUACACAGGUGUAGGAGGGUCUAAUGAAGAGGAGUUCUCUCCGACUUCGUUUUUUACAAGUUUUUUGCGAUUGUUAACCGCCGCUUUAGGUAAACCGCGACUACAACAGUUUUGUUCUUCGUUUUGUUUAAAGUACCAACAACAUGAAAAGAUCACGAAUCACAUGAUUUUAAUCACACCGAGAAGAAAGAAACAAGCAUAUCAUCGCUAGCUUCCAACUACUUUUACUUCACUUUCACCCUAAACUUUCCCUUCAAGAAAGGAACGCCAAUAGAAAGAAACUCGAACAUUGUCUUGUUUUCCUCCACAAAUGUUUGGAUUUUUGUAUACUCCAAUAUCCCAAUUGGUUGGGCUGUUACUACUGACGUUUGUUUCUGUACGUGUUGAUUGGAUGGAAAUUGUUCACCACCCUGAAAUCCCUUUCGGAUUUUGCAAAUACUUCGCAUGAUGGCCAGCAUCGUUGUGUCAUACAGGCCAAUAUCUUCAGACAAAAAGAAGGCAAAACAUGUACUACUAUGCUUUGAAUUCAAUUACGAAUAACCGUUACUAUAUUUACGAAACGGUGCAUGUUCAGUUUUAAUAUCUAUCAAAUCUCUCUUAAGAUAAUAUGUUGACCGCGGCCCGUUUGGAUGUUUUAGACAGAAAUUACUUGCCGUAUCAUACUCAUUCGUUCAUUCAUUCCCACUUUCUACCACCAUUUUGUCUGGUUACCCUGUUUAUUGAUAAUUUCGAGCUCGUCAACCCUGCUACAUAAUUCUGACAUCUGUAGUUGUUGUUCUAUCCAAUCUGAUAAUAUAGCGUUGUAGUGUGCUAUUUCUUGCAUACAUACACUGUUUCCCGUU